AGUUCAACUUUACCUUUAAGUUCCAAGGCUGGUUCACCUCUGCCGUUCUUCUGAUUGGAUUUAGGGAGUUCUGGCGCAGCUGCCUGCAGCUGGGAUUUUCAAGAAUUCCCUUUCUCACCCCUAGACAAUUAAGUCUUGAGAUAGCAUCAUAGGAGGAUCUCCCAGGGGUGUGGAGGUGGAGAUACCAUUGUCCCAGAAAAAGAUCAGAUCUGCAGAUUGGUGUGGCUUGCCUCUUUGGACCCCCCGGAGAGUUUGAAUCAGAGUUUUAUUUUUAUUUUUUAUUAUUAUUUAUUGUCUACCUGCUGUGGAGAAGUUGGUGUUUGGAUUUGGGAUUUGGGUGUUUGUCUGGUGCUCAGCCUGGUCAGGCUUUUGGAAAUUUUGCACGGCUCAAGAUAUUAUUUAGAUUUGAUUGCGGGGGAAAUUAAAGCAAACAGAGAGAUGUCUUCCCAAGAGAAAUUAAGAGAUGGAUUGGAACUCACCGGAAACUUUGCUGAUGAAGAUAAUUGGUACAUAUAUGAACCAAUAGGAAACCCCAACGACAUGGCUUCAGACAUUAUCCCUGACUGCCAACUGACCGUCCCCUUUGAUCUCUAUCACUGCAGCAUGGCUCCCAUUUCUCUGGUUAUACUCUUGGUUCUCUCGCUGUUGGUGAAAAGGAAGAAACUCCACCCAGAUUUUUGGAAGGGCGCACCUGGACUAUUGAGCCCUAUGAAUUUCUUGGAAGAAACGCAGAACAAAGGAUUGGCCAUUGCAGUUUUUGGCAUUCUCUUCUCUUCACUGUGUGUCCUAUUGUUGGAUAAUGACCCCCUGCCUUUCAUCUCCAACUCUUCCAUACAGAAUCGAGAGUACUGGAAGAUGCUGGCUUUAUUGUAUUACCCUGCCUUCUACUAUCCCUUACUUGCAUGCGCUACUGUCCAACACAGAGUUGGAUACCUGCUUGGCUGCCUGCUGUCCUGGUGUCACUGUGUGCUCUAUAUCUGGCAGAAGGUGGAAUGUCCUCAGUCACCCAAGAUUUACAGAUAUUAUUCCCUGCUUUCUUACCUUCCUAUCAUUCUGUGCCUCGCCAUGCUGAGCCUUUGGUACCCCAUGAAACUGGUCGAGAGCUUCAAAGGGGAUGCCAAGAUGGCGACAGAGAAGGUUCCAGGAAGCAGCUAUUACGAAGACUAUUUGAAGCACAUCCUGACUAAAAGAAUACCCAAGAAAAGCAUCAAUGGAGUGAAGCCAAGAAGGCUUUCGAGUCUCCAAUCCUACUUGCGUACAUUUGUAUACACACCCCAGAAAGGUUUCCAGAUCCCACUGAAGCUGGCCCUCUCUCUAGCCAUGGCUGUGAUAGCUGUCUACCAGGUGGCCCUUCUUCUACUUGCAUCCUUCAUCCCCAACAUCCAGAUCAUAAGAGCUGGGAUGACAAAAGAAAUGACAGCACUCUUUGUCCAGUUUGGUAUAAUUCCUUCCAAAAAUCCUGCCAGUAUUCCUGGAGACGAAGAGUUGGCAACGGCUAAGCACUACAUCUGGUCACUGGAAGUGUGCUUCAUCUCGUCCCUGGUCGUCUCCUGCAUGGUGACCUUCUGCAUGUUGCUGAAGUCCAUGGGAAACCACAGGACUAAUCUCCGGUGUCUCUACCAAGGGGCUGUUGAAAAGGUUUUCUAUCGUUCCUGUAAACUCCAACCUUCCCAGCAAUCUCUCGUAUGCUGGAUGCAAUUCACGGGUUUCCAGAUAUCAUUUGCGUGCCUAGCUCUGCUCAUCCAACACAUUGUCUUCUUCAUUUGCAUCGUGUGUUUCACUUUCCUGAUUGUUGUCCCACUGCAGUCUGGCAGCAACAUGCAUCUUUUCAAAAUUGUGGUGAACUUGUGGCCCUUCUGGUUGACCUUGAUUGUUUCAUUCAUCGCCCAGAACCUGCUGGUCCACUACUACUUCCUGGAGCGAGACCAUCUACCCAGAGAGUUGACCAACAGGCGAGCCUUUUACAUUGUGACGUACAUGUUUUUCCCCAUCAAUGUGCUCCUGGGGUUAAUGGCAGGAAUCUGGAGAAUGGUGAUCUCAGCUCUGUACAACAUUGUUCAUUUCUGCCAGCUGGAUGGGAGUCUACUGAACCGUGGAGUGGAGAGGUUUGAUCCAGGUUACCGUACCUACUGCCAAUAUUUGAAAAUUGAGGUCAGCCAAUCCCACCCAGUAAUGAAAGCCUUUUGCCUCGUGCUUCUCCGCUGGCAAAGCGACCAAAAUAUGCAGACCCUACAACUCAGAGAUGCAGAAGAAGGAAUCAAACUCAUGAAGACCACCAGUUCAGCACCCAAAGCAUCAAAGGGCCAACAGAACCGGGUCCGAUGGUGCUUGGCAUAUACCCUCAUCAACAACCCUUCCCUAUUGCCUUACCGCAAAGGGGCUCUUGUGGAUGCAACAGCUAAUGGGACCAAAGGCAGCCUCACCAAGCCUUGAUGGAACCAGCAAGCGGUCUUGGAAACAAUGGACUCCCAUCAGGAGAUGAUGGAUGGAUUCCAUCACGAGUUUUCAUCUUGGGGUUUUUCAAGUUCUAUGCCUCUUUCGGGCUUAUGCAUCUACCUUGACCUGUUUGUAGACUUAGAAGAUGACUGAGGCUUAGUUGUCCUCCCUUCCUCUCCCACCCCACCCCACCUCAGGACAAACAACCUUGGAUGGGCAUGAAACCCAUGCAAAGUUUUGGAAUGGAUCCAAAGCUGGUCUGUUUCUCUGCAUUACAAGAUGUUCCUUAGCAUGUGUCCUCCUGUUUGUUUGUUUUUUUAAUAUGGGAAACCUGUCAAUGUUGCCCUUUCAUACAUCUUGGGUUUUGAGGCCUCCUGAAGUGCUGGGUGCCCCCUAAAUCUUGGGGGCUCACUUUUAGCAAGAAAGAAAGCAAAGGACGGUAGGCUAAUAAGUUAAAAGCAGAACGGAGAUCGGAGUGGUCCUCAAAAUGGGGAUUUUUGAGGGUUUUGCAAAUGUAAGUAAUGGGUUCUUUUUGAAUGUUAGGGGUGGGUGGUGUUUGAGAUGGAGAAUUUGUAUAAAUGCAUUGAACAGACCGCUUUAUCUUGUUUAAAUUCCCAAAUACACUGUUCCAGGUUGUCUAGAUGGAUGGCUGCUAUUCUUCAGUGGAAUUAAAAGGUUUUAAAUAUAGAGAACAAGAAACUGGACAAUCAAAAUAUAGGCACAAGAGAGAGAAAAAACACAUUUCGGACAUUUUAAUCCCUCCAGUUCUGAUAGGUUACAUUGAGAAAAUCCUACAUAGUUGUGUCCCUCUUCCUGCCAAGUUAUGGAGCUGCUUCUCCUAAUCUUUAAACCAACUAGGGAAUACCUCCCAUCGCCUUUAAAUUUAAAACAGCUCCCAUUUCAGGAUCUGGCCAGAUGACUUCCACACACCUAGUGAAUGUAGAGUAAUUAAAGAGUACAGAAACCUGAUUUCUACUACGAUGAAUAAUAAAUGAAAUGUCAUUGUUAGUCUCUUGGAGAAGGUGUGCUUCUUCUUCUCCUCCUCCUGUACCUCUUCUGCAUCUCUUCUGGCCUACUGGAAGUCGAACGCUGGAAGGAUGCAUUUGAUGAAGAAGUUGUUUUGACAAUGUUGGGACUUUAAAAAAAAAAUAUAACUAAUAAAACUGACUUGCCUGAUCAAA